GUCGACUUCGAUUAAGAUAUUGGAAUGGCAGCGCCACAGUUGAGGCUGCAGCCGUCGCACCGCGACAUCGUCGGCGGUGUUUUGGCUGUGGCCGCGUCCGUCGUGUCCAACUUUGGGGUGAACGUCCAGAAGUAUUCACACACACAAGAACAGAAGAGACCCGUGGCCGACCAACGACCGUACAUCUUUCGCCCAGUGUGGUGGGUCGGGUUGAUCAUGGUGAUUGUCGGCAGUAUUGGCGAUUUUGCCGCGUUCGGGUUUGCCACACAAGCACUUGUGGCGGCACUCGGCGGUGGUUCCACGCUCAUCGCGAACGUCAUCAUUGCCAACCAGAUGAACCAAGAAACGUUGUAUCGGUCUGACUUGCUUGGCGUACUUCUCGUCAUUGCAGGCGUUGUCGUCAUCUCUGUGAUCUCGGAGCCUGACAUCACGUACCCCUUGCCCGUCCUCGAACAGUUCUUCGCUCGUCCAGAGUUCCUCGUGUACAUAUCAUGUGUCGUGAUUUGUGUGAUCACGAUCUUGGCCAAGAUCAAGGGGUCCCUGGCGCACACGCUGAAGAGUCAGAUCCGGUGGUCCCAUCAGCGUCAAAAGGACAUUGUCAAGAGAAACGAGCUGCGGUUCCAAGACUUGGAACGCCGAAUGGAUGCUUUGGAGGAGAAGCUGCUGGCCGGACAAGAGGACGGCAGUCGCCACCUCCACUCGAACGUCGCCCAUCACGAACCCCGCGGAAUCCCAACCAAAGAGUCGCCGCGUAAGCCCGACGCGGUCCUCGACACGACUCAGUCGACUUCGGUCCCAUUCUACUAUGCAACGUGUUCUGGCAUCGUCGGUGCGAUAUCCGUGCUCCUUGCCAAGUGCUCCGUCAUGAUGAUUGCGCUCACGAUCGAAGGGCAGAACCAGUUCAAGUACCCCGUUACGUACUUGUUUGUGGGCGGCAUGAUCACGUGCAUUUUGAUCCAGACGCACUUGCUUAACAUGGCGACGUCGCUGGGGGACACCAUGACGGUGUUUCCUGUGUUUCAGGCGUUUUGGAUCACGUUCAGCGUGGUGGGAGGCAUCGUAUUUUACGACUCAGAGCGAGAGUUUACGCUGGAGAAGUGGGUCUUGUAUCCGCUGGCGCUGUCGUUCAUUUCUCUUGGCGUGUACUGCUUGAUGCAACAUCCAUCCAAGAGCCUCGCCGCGUCGACGGGGCCGUCCAAGGAGGGAGUUGCAGCCCAAGACGACGAUGGCGACCGGGCCUUUGCGUACGACGAUAGAAGCGCUGCCUACACUGGAGACGAUACCACGGACCGCGCGUCGCUGCUGGUGCAAUUUGAACUGGAUGCUGUGCCCCUCGCGAACGCCGACGAUGUCGAUGCGUGCUUGACGACGUCGCCGCUGCUGUCAUCGGCAACGUCGAAGCCAACCAACAUGAAAAUGAAGAAACAAACCACCAACGAUGGCUACGUGCGGUUGGACGUGUAAGGAUCGCUUCGGCUUGCCUCGCCGUUUGCUAGCCGCGUGGUGCUGGACAAGCCAUUCAUUUUUGCAGCUACAUGUACAUCGACAACAUGGCGUUUGACUUUGUCGUGAGGUGCAUGACGUUAUAUUUCAAAUUGCAGCCACGCCGCCAGCUCAACAUCGUCUUCCUUCUCUCCAUGAGAGAGCAACUCCAUCCGUACAUGCUGUGGGCUGUUGUCGUAGGGGAGAAGCAGCCUGGCCUUCAACGUUGAACUGUGCUGUGCA